AUUGAAGGUGGUGCUUUUAACAAAUUUCGUAGAAGGAAGUAAUAAAACAACGCUCAAGCAUUUGAAUUAACGCACCAGUCAGGCGUUCAGGUUGAGUGGAUCCGAAAGUGAAAAUUCGUGGAAAUGCCCCCACAGGAAAUGCUCUGCUGGAUGUAAUGAGAUCUGGCUUCCUAAGAUCUAAAGAAUAUGAUGCCAGCGGACCGCAACUAGCAGCAACUAUGAGACAGCUAGCGGUAGUGAUGAUAAUUUUAAAUAUAAAUUACGGUCGCCUUCAUUGCUCUUACACGAUGGACAUCGACGAACCGCACACGUACACCCCACCGAAGCACUACUUCCAAACGUCCUCCUUCGACGAGAACGACAUCAAUGACGACGGGGCCGCGAUAAGCCCGCUCGAUCGGGGACCGUACUUUGACAUCUCGGCCUCGCGGAACGUUACCGCGCUCGUUGGCAACACGGCCUAUCUGAACUGUCGCGUCCGUAACCUGGGCAACAGGACGGUUUCCUGGAUACGGCAUCGGGAUUUGCAUCUGCUGACGGUCGGCAAGGCAACGUAUACCUCUGAUCAGCGGUACCAGAGUGUCCAUAAUCCCCAGCUGGACGACUGGUCGCUUAAGGUGCUAUACCCACAGCAGCGCGAUUCCGGUGUGUACGAGUGUCAAAUCUCCACGACCCCGCCCGUCGGCUACUCGAUGACAUUGUCCGUCGUCGAACCCGUCACGUCGAUAGUUGGAGGACCGGACCUGUACAUUGACACCGGUUCGACCGUUAAUCUGACCUGCAUCGUACAGUAUCUGCCCGAGCCACCGCCACUGAUCCAGUGGAAACACAACGAGGAGGAAAUUAAUUACGAUUCGGCACGGGGCGGUGUGUCGGUGAUAACGGAGAAGGGCGACAUAACGACCUCCUAUCUGCUGAUCCAGCGCGCCCGCAGCAGCGACUCGGGCAAGUACACGUGCUUGCCAUCGAUGGCCAAUCCCACCACCGUGCACGUGCACGUGCUGAAUGGCGAACAUCCGGCGGCCAUACAACACGGACGUCAGAUUCGCAGCAAUUGCUUGCUGCUGACGAUGCUCUUCCUGCUACUGAUGGCGUUAUCCCCCGGGCACCAAUAUGGAGAUCGAUAAGUUGAAGCUUGGAAGCCCCACCAGAGAGGGCAGAAUUGAAGGCGAUGUAGAUACGGCCGCCGGGGGAAAUGUCACUCUGUACAUAUAGUGUGGAUGGAAUCGAAAGCUAUCCGCUGAAUGGUGACGAGCAAAACGUUACAAAAAAAGGCCAACAUAUUGAAUUGCAUGACUUUAAGGCUUACAUGGUUCGUGUCGGAAGAUUUGGAAUUUGCUGUAAAUAGGUAAAAGGUAUAGAAGAGGCGUUCCUACGUCAUUGAUAGGUAAGAAGUGUACAAACAGUAAUUUAAGUUAGGCAUUUUUUUUUCUCGGGGAUACUAAAACAAACUAAUUCAAUCUUUCAAAACAAACGUUAAAUCACUAGCACGUAAGGGGAUAGGGAAAAUGGUUGAAAAACUUGUAGCCCACACACACAUACACAUACACAUGCAAAUGAAAACGGAAACUUUUUUCCAGUUGAAACGAAAAAUUGAACAAUCGCCUCAUUUGACAAACUUCCUUAAAACAAAGCCCAAAAAUAAACACCGCUCACAACGGAACGGGACGUUUGUUUAUUCCCCCUCCCAGAGGAAAAGUAUUGGAAAAAGAUCCUUUAUUGUACAAAAAAUAAAGAAAAGAGAGCGAGCAACAGAAAGAGAAACAAAGAGAGAGAAGGAGAGAGAAGGAAAGCGAAAGUAAAUAAAUUGUAGCAGGGAAAUAACGUUGUUUGAUUUUGUGAUUGUUUCAGCCUGCUUUGUUAGGAAGUGAGCAAAAGAAGCGAAGAAAACGGAACGAAAACAGCAAAGACGACGGUAAAAAAGUGCCGACAGUGCGCCGAAGUUUUCAAUUUCACACAUUGCGUGCAAUACAAAUACAAGCGGGAAAACCGCACAACUAAGCCGUACCGGGCUGCUUUUCUGCAGUACCUAGCUGCUCACUUAAGAAAAACUUGAUUGUUUUUGUUUCGUUUUUUUUUCUUUAGUUUGUGUGUGCUUUCAUCUGGUUGGGUUUGGUUGGGACACUCAAAAACUUAAGAACGCAAAAUGCGCGAUAGGAAAUGAGAAAAAUCCCGGUCUUGAUGAUAAAUUAUUCGUGAAUGAGACGUUCGUUUUGUUCCUACUUUCUCUAGCUCUUCUUUUCACAUUCUACAAAGUCACGCAAUAGACGAAGCGAAUGGGGUAAUGUUGAUUGACGUACAAAAAAGGUUUGACAAAAAAAAAGUCGAACAAAGAGAACGAAAAUGAAAACAAUGCAAACAUAAAGUUGGAGUAUUGAGGAUUUUUGCUGAAGAAUACCAUUAUUAAAUUGCCAUUAUUUGAAUGUCUAUUUAGCAUUGCUUUUCCGCUGGGUUUUGUAGGACGAUGGUUUUGAAUUUUGCUUUUUAAACAUCUUUUUUUAUUUUUGACGUCUCACUGAACCCACUCCCGUCCCGUCCCUUUUGACUCUUUUUUUCCAAUGAGUGCGAAUGAGUAUCACAAAGAAACAGAGCUCAUGCUCGGAAAUAGAAACCUGGGAAUAAAAUGGAAAGACCAGUAAAUCAGAAGAAAAAAGAACAUU